ACGACAUCGAACGCAGCAUCCUUUUGCGCCACUCGCCUUCAUCCGAAGCCGGAAUUUCGAGCUAAUUUCGCCCCCGACGAUGGCAGAGAGCGAAGUGGACACUCCGAGCACACCGAUUGAGUUUGAGAGCAAAUACUUUGAGUUUGAUGGGAUUCGGUUGCCGCCUUUCUGCAGAGGAAAGAUGGAGGAUAUUGCCAACUUCUGCCUCAGAGGGAGCGACAUAUGGAUUAUCACCUACCCAAAAUCAGGCACCAGUCUACUUCAAGAGGUUGUGUAUCUUGUGAGUCAAGGAGCAGACCCAGAUGAAAUUGGCCUUAUGAACAUUGAUGAACAGUUACCUGUUUUAGAGUACCCUCAACCGGGCUUGGACAUCAUCAAGGAGCUCACAUCCCCGCGUCUCAUCAAAAGUCACCUUCCUUACCGAUUCCUCCCGACCGGAAUGCACAACGGAGAGGCCAAGGUUACCAUGUUGAACAUGGUUUUCCUCCAGAUAAUUUACAUGGCUCGUAACCCUAAAGACCUGGUAGUGUCCUACUUCGAGUUCCACCGAUCUCUUAGGACCAUGAGCUACCGAGGAACCUUCCAAGAGUUCUGCCAACGCUUCAUGAAUGACAAGCUUGGAUAUGGUUCCUGGUUUGAUCACGUUUUAGAAUUCUGGGAACAUCGCAUGGACUCAAAUGUUCUCUUCUUGAAGUAUGAGGACAUGUACAAGGAUCUCGGGGCGUUGGUGGAGCAGUUGGCCUGGUUCCUGGGGGUAUCCUGCGACAAGGUCCAGCACGAGGCGAUGGUGGAGAGCUGCAACCAGCUCAUCGAGCAGUGCUGUAGCUCAGAGGCGCUGUCCAUUUGCAGGGGUCGCGUCGGCCUGUGGAAGGACAUCUUCACCGUGUCAAUGAAUGAAAAAUUUGAUGCCGUGUACAGAGAGAAGAUGGGAAAUUCCCACCUGAACUUUGAUUUCUGCCUCGGAGAACGGCCCGUUCCCACCCUGUAGUCCGCACGAGUCCAACGAACAACUACCGCACCACUUCCCGCUCGACCCAACAGAAUGUCUGUCCAUUCCGUGAAUACUUUGGUGUGCGUAACAUGUAAUGACAUGUAUGUGUCAUCCAGUAAACACGACUACAGUGCAUUUCUUAUCACGUCAAUCGAAAAGAAAAUGAUACAAAAAAAUUAAUACAUACAGUAUUUUGACAUUUCAUAUAAACACAUGUAUAAAUUGUUUAAUUGUAUAAAUUAUGUAUAUAAAUCUACAAUAUUUCAGAAUGUGCAG